CAUAUCCGAAGGAGUGGUUUUUAAAACAUGUCCUAAAAUGAGUGUUUAUGGAAACUUCAGGAAUACUUUGGGAGUAGAUUUCCUCCAAACAAAAACAAAACCAAAACAUUUUAAAAAUCGAAAGUGAAAAUAGGAAGCAAACUGUUGAUCCGCGAGCCAUCCAUUUGAAAAAGGCUGAAGGCGCUUCCGGACAAGGGAGCCCCAGCCAGGCCCCGAGGGUUCCAGCGACUAACCCGCGCCGCCAGCGAGGUUUCCGGGAACUUGGGCGCGGCGCUCGGCCGGCCGAGGCGCGUGAGUGGGCGACCCCUUCCCGCGCUGUCGUUCCUGCUCCUAGUGGCCCGGUCUGGAGAGUCCGGAGUCAUGGCAGCUGAUGAAGAUAACAAAGAACAAGUUCUUAAGGAAUGUGAGCAAGCUGAAGAAGUUAUGAAUGAUAAACAAAACCAGAAAUUAAUUAGUGAAAUUACAAAGGAAAAUAUUCAGUUAAAGGAGGAGAUCCAAAAACUUGAAGCUGAGUUACAAGAAACCACCAGGACCUCCCAGAUUAAUGAGGAUAUUCCUGAAACAAAGAUAAAGUUCACAUCUGUGGAGAAUCCUGAGAGUGACAGCGAGUUUUCAGAUAUCUUCUAUUCAUGUCAAGUGAGCUCAAAAGUCCCUUAUGAGCUGCAAAAAGGACAAGCACUUAUUACCUUUGAAAAAGAAGAAGUUGCCCAAAAUGUGAUCAGAAUGGAACACCAUCAUGUGCAGGUACAGAAUGAAAAUGUGAUGCUCACGGCCAACCCAGUUUCAUUAAAUUCAGGAGUCAAAUUCCAGGUUCACAUAGGAGUGUCUAAAAUGAAAAUCAACGUUACUGACAUUCCUGAUGAACUGCCAGAAAGUCAGAUGAGAGACAAGCUAGAAUUGAGUUUCUCUAAGUCUCGCAACGGAGGCGGAGAAGUGGAGUACGUGGAGUAUGACAAGCAGACCCGGAGCGCCCUCAUCACCUUUGUGGAAAGUGGAGUUGCUGACAAGAUUUUGAAAAUGAAAGACUAUCCUCUUUAUAUAAAUCAAAACUGCCAUAGAGUUACAGUUUCUCCAUACACAGAAACACACUUGAAAAAGUUUCAGGUAUUUUCAGGAGUAUCUAAGAGGACAGUGCUUCUGACAGGACUGAAAGACCUUCAGACGACAGAUGAAGAAGUUGUAGAGGAUUUCAUUAGCAUUCACUUUCAGCGAGAGAAGAAUGGAGGUGGAGAAGUCGAGGUGGUCAAAUGUUCCCUCGGGCAACCUCACACAGCAUACUUUGAAGAAUAGACUCAUGAAAUCCUAUGAAAGUUAGAGCUUCUGAACCCAACUUCCUGUCAGUGCUUGACAAAAAUAAAUGUCCCUUUCCUUAAAAAAAAUUAAAAAUGUAAUUCUUUAGUAUUUGUUUAUUCUUAGAUACAAAAUAUAUUUCUGUGAUUUUAAAUUCUUUGUUUUCAACUGUGCUGCAUGUUUACAAAUGCAGUAACUGUAUUAAAAGUUUUGUUCAUAA